AUGAGGGCGCAAGGAGUGCUACUUUCACGCAGGAAGACUGGUGGAGGCGCUGUAUAUCACGACCUCGGCAAUACUUGCUUCAGCUUCCUCACGCCCUAUCAACAGGGACAGGAAUACGACUACAAGACUAUUUCCGGUUCAGCUUACCGGCUAUACUUAGGGGGAAAGGACGGCAAAGGGAGGAAGGCACUGCAUCAUGGAACUGUCCUCUUCUCUGUUGACCUCCAAGCUUUGCAGAAGUACCUUAACCCAAACAAAAAGAAAUUGGAAAGCAAAGGCGUGAGUUCAGUAAUUGCUCGUGUUAUGAACCUCAGCGAACAUUAUCCCCAGCUAGGCCAUGAAUCCUUCUGUAAGGAGUUAGAGACUGCUUUCCAAGAGCAUUAUGGCGGUACAGCUGAACGAUAG